CGAAACGCUGAGGCAGCAUCUUCCCCGCCGUCCUCCGCCGCCUCCCAUUUUCACCUUGGCUGCAGCCUGCAACACAAUCCUACGCUUCCGACUUCAACGCGCGCCCCUCCCAUUUUCACCUAGCCCUACUCCUUUGUACAUAAAGGAAGAUGGGAGCAUAUGCAACGACUGGUAUGCAGAUGAUAGCAACACGCCCUUCCAUCCCGGCCUACAGGCAAAUACUUGGGUCGACAUCAGCACUAUCUGCAUUUGGAAGGUCAAUCUGUUCCAGAACUGGCUUUGCCAUCUCUUCUAAAGCCACAUCAGCAGGACCACUGGUUUCUUCGAAUUGCAAGAGGGUUGUUGUGAGGGCAAUGUCGCAGAGAGGUGCCCAAGGACUUCCCAUUGAUCUCACAGGUAAAAGAGCAUUUAUAGCUGGAGUUGCUGAUGAUAAUGGUUAUGGUUGGGCAAUUGCUAAGGCUCUUGCUGCUGCUGGUGCUGAGAUUCUUGUUGGUACAUGGGUGCCUGCGUUGAACAUAUUUGAGACAAGCUUGAGACGUGGAAAGUUUGAUGAAUCACGGAAGCUACCUGAUGGAUCUCUUAUGGAGAUUGCUAAAGUAUAUCCACUGGACGCAGUUUAUGACACCCCUGAGGAUGUUCCUGAAGAUGUUAAAGCAAACAAAAGAUAUGCUGGAGCUUCAAACUGGACUGUUAAGGAAGUUGUUGAGACUGUAAAGAAUGACUUUGGUAGCAUUGAUAUCCUUGUACACUCUCUCGCCAACGGUCCUGAGGUAACAAAGUCACUGCUUGAGACAUCAAGGAGAGGAUACCUUGCUGCAAUUUCAGCAUCUAGUUAUUCUUAUGUUUCUUUACUUCAACACUUCCUUCCCAUAAUGAAUCCAGGAGGUGCUAGUAUCUCUUUGACCUACAUAGCUUCUGAAAGGAUAAUUCCUGGCUACGGUGGUGGUAUGAGUUCAGCAAAAGCAGCUCUUGAGAGUGAUACAAGAGUUCUUGCAUAUGAAGCAGGUCGAAAAGGCAAAAUCAGAGUGAACACCAUAUCAGCAGGUCCAUUGGGAAGCCGAGCAGCAAAAGCCAUUGGAUUUAUCGAGAAGAUGAUAGAGUAUUCUUAUGUUAAUGCACCACUGCAAAAGGAAUUAUUGGCAGAUGAAGUGGGGAACACGGCAGCAUUCCUGGUGUCUCCUUUGGCAUCAGCAAUCACUGGUUCAACUAUUUACGUUGACAAUGGGCUCAACACAAUGGGACUUGCACUUGACAGCCCCACUUUAUCCACAUGAGCACAUUUCAGCAGAAUGCGGCGCAGUUAGGUUUGAAUUACGUGCAGGCCUGAGCACGGCAGUCUGGUUUUUUGAAUUAAUCUGUACGAUGCUAGAUUUUGCAGGAGAUUUCGUUUUUUGUUUUCAAUAACUUGGACUAUCAGUUGCCUGUUAGAAAUAAGAACUGUGAUAGGCUGCAGUCUCCUGGUCAAUGCAAUGCGCUAAUCCUGAAUUGCGGAUUUAGAUUUUGCAGGAAUCGAGUUUGUUUUGCUGUCAGCUGAAAGUUUUUAUAAUAAAUUUCCGAGGUCUGGGACGUCAGGGU